AUGAGCUUCGGUUUCAGUGUUGGCGACUUUCUGGCCGUUAUCAAGCUUGCCAACGGUGUUCGAAAAGACUUCGCGGGCGCCCCUGAUCAAUUCCACCAGAUCAGCUCCGAAGUCAGGAAUCUAGCCAUUGUUCUCCAAGACGUAGACACAUUUCUCGACGAACAUGACCUCGUGCAAGCCCAGGAAGAGAGCCUCGGCGAGGUCAUCAGCAAUUGUCGGGGAACCCUGGAGGACAUCCAUCGUAUACUGAAUACAUUUUCCGCCUUGGAGUUGAAAGAAGAUGGUAUCCGAAAGCGGGCGAGAAGGGUCUGGCAACGAGUGAAAUGGGAACCCGACGAGAUUCGUGAUCUGCGAAGUCGCGUUACGUCGAAUGUCACAGCUCUCAAUGCAUUCAUCACGAGCUAUACCAGAGAUGGUGUAAUCAAGCUGGUAGAACGGCAGGACGAGGAGAAGAACAAAGCCAUUCUCAACUGGCUGGCGCCGGCCGAUUUUGCUACCCAGCAGUCAGAUUUGAUUAAGCGGCGCCAAGCAGGGACCGGCCAGUGGCUCCUUGAUUCACCCGAAUAUGCCAAAUGGAGCACCAGCAAGGGAGAACUACUGUUUUGUCAUGGAAUACCCGGUGCAGGGAAGACUAUGCUAUCAUCCAUUGUGGUGGACAGCUUGCAAAAAAGGUGUUACGCCAACACAGAUGUCGCAUUGUGUUACUUCUAUUGCGAUUUUCGACGCCAGGAGGAACAACUGCUCGAAAAGAUUGUCUUGAGCCUUCUCAGACAACUUGGCCAGGCAAUGUCCCCAUUACCCACGUGUUUCACUGAACUGUUUGAUCGAUACAAGACGAACGGUACCCGUCCAACCUUCGAGGACGCUUUGCGAACCUUUCGUUCGGUGACUGCCUCCUUUUCAACGGUUUUUGUUGUCGUUGAUGCACUUGAUGAAUGUCAAUCAUCUAAUGGCUGCCAAAGGCAACUUGUGUCGGAACUGAUUGAUUUCAAUCAUGUCGCGGGGGCAAAUAUAUUGGUAACUUCUCGUCCACUGCCGCACAUCACGCAAAGGUUCCCCGACUUUGCUUCGGUAGAGAUCCUUGCCAGCGGCGAGGAUAUUAAGAAAUACGUCGAAGGGAAUAUGCAGGAUCUUCCAGGCUUCGUAUCUCGCAACCUAGAACUCCAGAGCGAGAUCACGAACGGGAUUAUCAAAGCUGUUCAUGGGAUGUUCCUGCUCGCAAAACUUCAUCUCGACUCCCUGAAAGGCAAAAGAUCAGCUCGGGAUCUUCGAAAGACGUUAGCCUCGCUGACUGGAGGAGACGAUGCCUACACCAAAGCUUAUAGCAAUACCAUGGACCGAAUUCGCGGCCAGCUCAAAGAGCAAGAGGAACUUGCUAUUCAGGCCUUGAUGUGGGUUGUCCAUGCAAAAAGGCCGCUGACAACAGUCGAACUUCGGCACGCACUCGGUGCAGAAAUCGGCGAGACGGAGUUCUUCGAAGACAAUGUGCCUGAUCUUCAGGAUACUAUCUCAGUCUGCUGCGGGCUUCUCACCGUCGACGAACAAAGCGACAUUGUCAGGCUGGUUCACUAUACGACACAAGAAUUUUUCGAAGCAACAGGGCAUCUCUGGUUCCCGAACGCGCAAGACGAGCUUCUGAAUACGUGUCUCACUUACCUGUCGUUUGACAGUUUCGCGGGUGAGUGCUGCAAGGAUUGGAAAGAUCUCGAGGACCGACUCGAUCAGUUCCCACUUUACAAGUAUUCGAGCCAGUACUGGAGCCUUCACGCAGACGCUGAAGAAGACUCUGAAGCAAUCCGAGAUUUCUUAGGAAGAGCAGACCAUGUGCAAGCUUCUGUUCAGGCAUGGGAAUUUCCCUUCAACUUGUAUGAAUUCGACGAUAUUCCGUAUCAGGUGACAGCACUUCAUCUGAGUGCUUUGUUCGGGUUGAGCACUACGACGGAUAUACUUUUGCAAACCCAUGAUCCCGAUGUCAAGGACAGCCAGCUCCGUUCACCUUUGUAUUACGCUGCCCGCUACGGCCGCGAAGCCACUGCCCGAUCGCUUCUAAAUAGAAAUGCUCAAGUCGAUUUUCCUGACAAAAAUGGCCAAACAGCACUAUACUGCGCUGCGAGAAACGGCCAUGAGGGCAUAGCACGGAUGCUACUCGACGAAGGCGCUCAAUACGACCAGUCAGAUAAAUAUGGUAACACACCGUUAUCUAUGGCAGCGAGAAACGGCCAUGAGGGCAUAGCACGGAUGCUACUCGACAAAGGCGCUCAAUACGACCAGUCAGAUGAAGACGGCUACACACCGUUAUCUUGGGCAGCGAGAAACGGCCAUGAGGGCAUAGCACGGAUGCUACUCGAUAAAGGUGCUCGGACUGAUAUUGCAGACACCUGCUUUGGCUGGGCCUCCUUGUUCUGGGCGGCUGUCGAAGGUCAUGAGAAUAUCACGCGGAUGUUGUUGAUACACGGGGCUGAUGGCCAGGCCAAGGACUUUGCUGGGCGAACAGCCUUGUUCUACGCCAUCCGGCGUGGUCAAAGCGAGCUCGUGGCUAUCUUGUGCGCGGACACUAGGAUAGAGGCUGGCAUUCAGGAUCACUAUGGGUCGACCCUAAUGUCUAUAGCCGCACGUCAUGGUUAUGAAAACAUCGUUCGACAGCUCGCGGAAUUGCCGGGGAUUGAUGUUGUCUCAGGAGACAAUUUUGGUCGCACUCCCCUUUGGUGGGCUCAGAAACAGGGUCAUUCUCACAUUGUAGAGAAGUUGAGAGGGCUUCAUGGGACUUCAGAUCCACUAUCUACUGCUGGAUUGGAGCUUGGAUGCCCUUUGGACUUCGUUGUUGGCGAGUGGCAUUGUGACAUUGCCACAGCUUUGGGGCCCAUUGCCUUGUGCAAUCACACGCGCUCACACGAAGGGUUUGGAAUUCGGAUUUAUGAGAUCUGA